AAGAUCUUCAUUGGUGGUCUCUGUUGGCAAACCACGGCAGAAACGCUGAAAAACUAUUUCGCCAAGUUUGGUGAGAUAUCCGACUGCACGAUAAUGAAAGAUCUGGUUACCAAGAGAUCCAGGGGCUUCGGCUUUGUGAACUUCUCAAACACUGACAGCGUAGAGAAAGUUCUGAAUAGCGGGCCGCACACGAUUGAUGAAAAAGUGGUGGAUGCUAAGGUGGCUGUACCACGACCAAAGGCCGGCAACGGCUCUUCGAAGGUCAUGACAAAAACACGAAAAAUUUUUGUCGGCGGACUCUCUGCCCCGACAACUGCUGAAGACAUUCGACGAUAUUUUGAGAGCUUUGGCACGGUGACAGAAGCAGUCUUAAUGAUAGACAAACAGACCCAUCGUCACAGAGGUUUUGGCUUCGUGACCUUCGAAGAGGACGAUGUCGCUGAACUUGUCUGUCAGAAACCUUUCCACGAAAUUAAUAACAAGAUGGUUGAAUGCAAGAAAGCACUACCAAAAGAGUUGAUGAUGCCUCAAACUGCAUCCAAAAGUGAGGGAAUGUUUAUUUUUUUUAUAAAUUUGAUCUGCCAAUUUAGUUUUUGCAAAUUGCUUUUCUUUAGAAAUAUACUGAAUAAUAAAAAUUAA